AUGACUUCGAGAAGGCCAAUGACUCGCUCUUUUUCUGGCAAUGGGAGGACAAGCAGCUUUAGUGAAGAGGAGGGCAGCUCUUCCAAUGGCCGCCAAGAAAGCCGUAAUACUUACCUCUCGAAUGUUAGACCAGAAAACAGGAGCACAUUGUGCAGCGUCAUGGCUCAGCUGACUGAGGACAUACAGCCCUCCUUCGAGACCACCUUGAAAUCAAAAGCAGUGUCAGAAAACUGUAAUGUGAAGUUCACCUGUGUCGUAUCAGGUUACCCAGCUCCGGAGCUAAAAUGGUACAAAGACGACAUGCAAAUGGACCGGUAUUGUGGACUCCCUAAAUACGAAAUUCGCCGCAAUGGAAAAACCCACACUCUCCAUAUUUACAACUGCACAUUGGAUGAUGCAGCCAUCUAUCAAGUCUCAGCCAGCAACAGCAAAGGUAUUGUUUCCUGCUCAGGAGUUUUAGAGGUUGGCACCAUGAAUGAGUACAAGAUUCAUCAGCGAUUCUUUGACAAGCUGAAGCAGAAAGCAGAAAAGAAGAAACAUGAAUUGGAUGUCCAGAACAAAAAGGAGGAAACAGUUAUUCCAACAGAGAAACUGCACAGUAGCCCAGAACGUCCUCCAAGGAAACGUGCCAUCCCAGCAUCAGAGGAGAGACCAGCAGUCAAGAAGCAAGAGGCUGUGGAAGAACCAGGAGCCGCUAUGGAAGCUAACGGAGUUAGCUCGGAGGUCAAGGAAACAUCCCCUGUGACAUCCAAAGACCUGGAGAAGGAGACUGAGAAGAGCUUGGUCAAAAAGAAAAUAAAGAUCUCAAAUGGUGUAGAUGUUCCAGUUAACAGUAGUAGCAGUACUAGCAGCAGUAGCAGAAGCCAUAUGAUGGGGAAUGGAGGUGAAAAUUGUUAUGAUGGAGGAAUCAGUUUGGCACAGUUCCUGGCAGAGACUCUUCAGUCCCAAACUGGUGAGGAGAAACAGAACUCACCUCGGGGGGAGAGGCACAAAGAGAUGGAUGUAUCUGACUUCCUCUUUGGGAAGGGUAAGAGGGACUCUCAUGGUAACAUUGAAAACACAGAGAGAGAGUUUGACCACCUGCCUCCACCACCGGAAACGCCGCCAUCUUUUCGGCUGCGAGCGGAGCAUAAUCAAGUGUGUAAGCCUCUCACAGAGGACACUUUGCUUAUGGAUAUCUGUAAACCCAAGGAGCCCCCAGAAACAGUGUCACCGGGGCCACUUGAGCACAAACAUGAAGCCAAUGCUCCACAUACUGAGCUGCCACCACCUGAGAGCAUAGAGGAGUCCACGGGGCUGAGGGUCAAGGGGACCGAUGAUGCUGAGGCCAUGGAGGUGUCUGUGAGGCCAGAGUUCAGCCGUCCAGUUGCAAAGAAGUCAUUGACUGGGCUUCAAGUUCACUCUGAGGCUGGUCCCACACUCCAACAACAGCCAAUAUCACCAGAGGUUUCGCAACUGCCUGAUCACCCGGCAGCAAUAGAUGACUCCUCUCUCCGUGAAGAUGGGUCUGUCAUGCCAAAUAUCCAAGCCUCUAAUGAAGAACAAUCCUCCCCCACCUUCACUAGAUUGGAAGAAAUCUUGACCCUCCCUCCUCCCACUGUUAUCUUAUCAUCAGACAGACAUAGCCUUGGAGAAGUGCCUACUGAAACUGUGCAAGAGAAGGGAGUGGGUGUUGAUCAUAUGGACAAAAUGGGUGAGCCUGAUAAGUAUGAGGGCUGUUCAUCCACUCAGUUAUAUGAGGAAGAGAAAGCUGAAGUGAAAUUAGACCAACCGCCAUGCACAGAUGUGAAUAGAUCUGAGAUCUCUGAAUUGACAGCAUCUUCAUUGGAAGAGAGAAUAGAGUCAUGUGAACCUAAAACAUCAGAUCAGGUGCCCCCAUCCCCAUGUGCUGUGACAGCGUACAAUGAAGAGAGAGAUAAUGUAAAAGAAGAGACUGAGCACGCUUCACUUAUUCAGGAAAUGAAUGUAGGAUAUCCGCCUAAUGUGUCCACAGAGAGUCAAGAGAAGGGUGGCCUAGAAAAAAAGCAAGAAUACCCAUGUCCUGUGCGAAAAGAAAGCACAGAGGUACUAAAUAUCAGUGCAAUACAGAGUUCAGACUCUGGUUUUGGUGGCAGUGAAGAAGGUCCUCCUACUUUAGAAAGAGAAGGGUUGUGCAAUAAUCUGAAAGUACAAGAGCAAGCAAUGUUAGAGGGUGGGAGAACUGACGAAAGCAGUGAUGGUUUACUAUUUGAAGUGAGGACAGGACAGAGAAAAGAGAAAGAAGUAGAGGAGUCUGAGGAAUUAAAUAACCUUUCAGUGGCACAAAACAAGGAAGGUAGUAUUAAUGUUGGGAAAGAACACAGUGAUGUUGUACAUCAAGAUGAGAGGAAGAAGCAGCAGGGUUGGCCCUCUGACAGUAUUCCACAGAUACUAUUAUCAACAAUUGAAGACACCCCAGACACUAAACGAUCUGUGCCUUGUAAAAAUCCAACUCAACUUUUUAUUAUCCCAAAAAUUGAAGUAAUGGAGCCUGAGCUCAAAGAGCCCACUCUGCCACUAACUAUUUUGACACUGAAUCAGCUGGAAUCAGAGCCGCCUGCUAGUCUACAAAACCAUGACACAACCCAUGAAUCUGAUGAAACAAUCCAAAACAAGAGGGUAACUGAUUCUCCAAGCUUGUUACCCACACAGAAAGGUAUGCAGAAUGAUUAUGACCUCUUAACCACAGGAAAAGUCAAGGAAGUUGCGCAAUUAGAUGACGAGGCAGAAAUGUUUGAGCGAAAGCAGCCACCCGAGACAAGCAGCAAACAGCUCCCUCAGAUGGUAUUAGCAUCCAUUCCUGUUAUUAAUGUUUUAUGUACUGAUGACAAGGAGGAUGAGGUGUAUGUUAACAGCCAUGUUUCAGAUACACAGCAGCAGCCGCCUUUUGAAACACCAACAGUGCCUCUGUUUGUGGUGCCUCCGAUCUCUGUUACCUGUUAUGAAAGUGACUCUGUGCUUACACAGCCCACUCAAAUUGAACAAACCCUGACAGAAACUUUGACUGUCAUGCAAAGAGGAACAGAAAAUCAUGUUGGCAGUAAUAGUACAACCACUAAUCCUGACAGAAGUCAAAGUGGAAAAUGUAGCCUAAAAGAAUUGGCAAAUAACAGUGUAGAGGAGAAAAUUUCCCCUUUGCCAUAUGAAGCUCAAUCACCAAAGGUUGGUGACAGUAAAACAGCAGAGGACAACAUUGUCCCUGAAAUCUCAAAGGCAAAACCCCUCAAAGAGGCCAAGACGGAGAAUUCAGUGUCUUUGGAGGACCUGCAAAGAAACAAACCCUCUGCUGAAAGACUCUGCUCUAAACCCCCAACCUAUCCAUCACUGAGUCCUGCCAGCCUGCGAAAAUUCAUGUCCAAAGCUGCUCUAGACACUGACAGUGUGUCAAUCUCAACCAGUGACCGCCAGAGUGAGAAGGCAGAGGAAGAUGUAAGUGGAGGGUCAACACCAACAUCGUCCCUCUCUUGUGAAAGCAGUCCUCGGCUGAAACGCAGAGACAGCCUGUCACUCAUACGCUCUGCCACACCUGAAGAGUUAGCCUCUGGAGCCCGGCGCAAAAUAUUCAUCCAAAAACCUAAAGAAGAAGGAGAAGGAGUGAAUGUAGGUGCCCUUGAUACUCAGGGCAAGAAAGAGACCCCUUAUAUGUCACCCAGCCAGGCCCGCAGAGCAGCAUUACUGCAAGCUCCCACCGGACAGAAUACCCCUCCAAUGGAGAGACGCUCACCGCUGCUGAGCCGCAGAAAGAUCACCCUGGAAGUGCCAAAAGUGGUGGAGGAGACUCCUACACAAGAACAAAUCAGCACAAAACAAGAGGAGAAACCAGAAAAGAAGUUAGACCCCUUGAAAGCUCCACAGGUCAUCCGAAAGAUCAGGGGGGAGCCAUUCCCAGAUGCCUCUGGACACCUGAAGCUGUGGUGCCAGUUCUUCAAUGUGCUCAGUGACUCCACCAUCAAGUGGUUCAGAGAUGAGGAGGAAAUACUAGAGGUGAAGAGAAGUGGAGGAGAUGAAAGCCAAGUCGCUCUGGCUAUUGUUCUUGCAUCAAAUGAAGACUGUGGAGUUUAUGGGUGUUCCAUCAAAAAUGAAUAUGGGAGUGACACCACUGACUUCCUGCUCAGUGAAGACAUUCUAUCUGAGAUACUCCUUAAAGAUGAUUUGGAAGUCGGAGAGGAGAUCGAGAUGACUCCAAUGGUGUUCACCAGAGGUCUGGCUGACUGUGGAAACUGGGGUGACAAGUACUUUGGCCGCAUCAUGACCGAGGCAGCCAACGUCGGGGAGGGCUGUGCUCACAAGGCCAGCAAAGUGAAAGUUAUUUAUGGCCUGGAUCCAAUCUAUGAGUCUGGAAGUGCCUGCAUCAUUAAAGUCCACAAUCCCAUUGCUUACGGGACCAAACAGGAGAACAACCUCGCAGAUAGAAAUCUAGAGAUUACUAAGCACGAAUGCAAAGUCCAAAACAUGAUCCGAGAAUAUUGUAAGAUCUUUGCAGCUGAAGCAAGAGUUACUGAGAACUUUGGCUCUUCAUUUGAAGUCGUUCCUCGGUAUCUUAUGUACCGGCCUGCAAACUCUGUGCCAUAUGCCACAGUGGAGGUUGAUCUCAAGGGUGAUUUCCAAAAGUACUGUUCAAUAGAUUCUAAAAACAAGCUGACUACACAAACCUCUUCUGAGGUGGAGCAGAAAUGCAGCACCUUCCAACACUGGAUCCAUCAAUGGACACAUGGAAAUCUGCUGGUCACUCGGAUGGAGGGGGUUGAAACAAAGAUUACAAAUGUCAGAGUUGUGACCAAGUCAAAAGGAUACCAAGGACUAACAGAGAACGGAUCUCCAGAAGUAUUUGAACAAUUCCUGACGCAUCAUCAGUGCAGCUACUACUGUGGACUGCUUGGCCUUCAGCCUCUUAAGAGUAUGGACAGUCUGCAGCAGCCCAACAAGACAAAGGGCUCCCGUAGUCCCCUGCUCAACCGCAAGUUGGGCAACAGCCCACAGCUGCAGCGGAAAGGACACAGCCCACAGCUGCUUAGAAAGGCUAAUUCUAGCCCAAAGGUAUCUAAAAAAGUUCAGGAGACAGAGGACAAUAAAUCAGGCAACAAACCAAAGCUUGCAGAAACUGCUGAUACUCUGGAAAUGAGGUAGAAAAAAAGUGACUUUUUUCUUGUUUCAAGCUAGAUUUUAUUGCUCUAAGUGUUUAAAUGUUACCUGUUUUUUCCAGUUUCUAAAGCCAGCAAGACUUAAAGAGUAGGUUUAUAAAAAAGGAAGAAGUUUGUUGACCUGACUUGUCAUAAAGAAUUACUGUGAAUUUCUCUGUUGGCAUUGUAGUUACAGUAUAAGACAUCCAUCCUCCUACUGUAGUUGAAAGAGUUAUGAGGUUGUUUGAGCAGUGUGUGUGUGGGUUUAAUGACUUAACACAACCCAGUCACCAAACAGCAAAAUCAGUGUUUCUUGACUUUUACAGCAUAAAAAAAGCAACACUGGUCCACGUCAGAUAAGACAAACUUUCAUUAAAUGGUUUGUAACACAUGCUUCAGAGUCUUAUCAGCUCUAAGAGUGGACAAAAAUUAAAUUUGCCGACUCAAAACAUCACUGAACUGUGUAGCACAUGCUAGAAUUUGCAGUGAAUUGUUGUCCUUUUGUUUUGAAACACAUUUAAGUAGUUCAAUUUUAAAAAAUGUAUAGAGCACAAGUUUUAUAUGUGUCCAUAUAAAAUGCUGCAUGUCCAUCUGUGAUGUACAGUAUGUUACAAUACAGCAUCAUGUUUAUUUUGGAAAUGUUAUUUAUAGUUUGCAUUAGAACUGAUCACGCAGCAUUCUCCUUCACAGCACAGCUGAGUUCAUGCUGCUAAAAAUACAGCUCCGUUCUUUGGACAGAGAUGUUUGUGUGCACUUUUUUGGCAUUAUUUCACCUUGGUAUUUCUUUCUACUGUAUAUGUUGUGUCCAUGUCUUUAAUCUGUCCCUUAUAGUCUUUCUGAAAUACUCUGGUGAAUGCAAUGUGCUAAGCAAUAAGCAGUAAAGGGCUUACCAGUAAACUCUUAAACCACGGUAUGAUCAUGCUCAUUGACAUGCAAAUAAUGUUUUCGUAGGGGCAAGGAAAGCUGCUGAAUGAGUUUCACAGUUAUAUGGACGUGACCUAUGGACUGAGCUAAAGGCAGACUCAGGACUUUCAGAAGCCUUUUAAAUGCACAGAAAGGCUCCCUGUUUAAAAUAUGUGAAGUUUUAUGUACACUGAAAAUCACCUCAUGGAGAGCCAGCAUGGAUUUGAACAUUACUGCCAAUACUCUGUCACAAGUAUUCAUGGUUUAAUUCCAACAGGAGUCCUUUUAAAAAAGAAUAAAGAACUGACAAGAAAGCUUUGAGAACUUCUGGAAGCAUAGUUUUUUUAAUGAUCUAUCAGAGUCUUCAAAUGAGUCCAUAAUACCACUCUUAAGCUUUAGCUGCCAUCAAUUAAAAAACAGUUUACUGUUUAUUACAGAAAAGUCCGAAAUACGUUGAAAUGGGGUUCAAAUUUACACUCGCAGAUUUUCAUGUUUUGUGUCAUAGAAACAAACUGUUGUAUUUAUGUGUACAUAAAUAGGAUUAAAUAUCUGAUUUUGUUUGAACGAAAACUGUAAACAUGCGAGUGAGUGAGAGAAAAAAUGAAUGGGUACUUCAGAAAGAAGAAUAAAUUCAAUUUCCAGUG